GUUACAACAGCUCUGGGACGCGUGCAGCAGCCGGGCUGGCCUCAGCCCCAGUGCCCCCCUCCCAGCCCAGAGGGCCGGGGGAACACACGGCCGCGCUGUGACCCAGCGUGCAGCCUCGCACGCGGCCGCGGGGGCGAGCCAGGACCCGGCUGCGGACAGAGCCGCGGCACGGCUGCUCCCCCUCCCCGCCACGGGCGGCGCACGGGUCCUACGGCGGCCCAGGGACGGCCCCGCACCGCGGGCGGCACCGCCGGAGCGCGCCCUGCGCCGCCCGGACCCGCCGCUGACAGAGCGGCCGCGGCACGCCGCAGCCACCGCCCCGUCCCGCACGGGUCACGUGGGCGGCGCCGUGACGUCCAGCGGUGACGUAUGACGGCGACGGCGCGGCGGCUGUCGCCCCCCUCCCAAGAUGGCGUCGCUGCUGCAGUCGGAGCGGGUGCUGUACCUGGUGCGCGGCGAGAAGGAGAUGCGGGCGCCGCUGUCGCAGCUGUACUUCUGCCGGUACUGCAGCGAGCUUCGCUCCCUGGAGUGCGUCUCGCAUGAGGUGGACUCUCACUACUGCCCCAGCUGCCUGGAAAACAUGCCUUCAGCAGAAGCCAAGCUGAAAAAGAAUAGGUGUGCUAACUGCUUUGACUGUCCCUGCUGCAUGCACACCCUUUCCACCCGGGCCACGAGCAUUCCUGCUCCGCUCCCUGAUGACCCAGCCAAGACUACCAUGAAGAAGGCGUAUUACUUGGCCUGUGGAUUUUGCCGCUGGACUUCCCGGGAUGUAGGCAUGGCAGACAAGUCUGUUGCUAGUGGUGGCUGGCAGGAGCCGGAGAAUCCUCAUACACAGAGGAUUAACAAACUGGUUGAGUACUACCAGCAGCUGGCUCAGAAAGAGAAGAUCGAGCGAGACCGGAAGAAGCUGGUGCGACGCCGAAACUACAUGCCUCUGGCCUUUUCGCAACACACUAUACACGUAGUGGACAAAUACGGCCUUGGAACCAGGCUUCAACGCCAGAGGCCCGGAGCACCGAUCAGUGCCCUCGCUGGACUCUCGCUAAAAGAAGGAGAGGACCAGAAGGAGAUCAAGAUUGAGCCAGCUGAUGCAGUGGAAGAAGUGGAACCUCUUCCUGAGGAUUACUACACAAGACCAAUCAAUCUGACAGAAGUGACGACUCUGCGUCAGCGUCUGCUGCAGCCUGACUUCCAGCCAAUCUGUGCUUCCCAGCUCUACCCACGUCAUAAGCACCUCCUGAUCAAACGCUCGCUGCGCUGUCGGAAAUGUGAACAUAACCUGAGCAAACCAGAAUUCAAUCCAACAUCUAUCAAAUUCAAGAUCCAGCUGGUUGCUGUUAACUAUAUCCCUGAAGUGAGGAUCAUGUCUAUUCCCAACCUGCGCUACAUGAAGGAGAGCCAAGUCCUUCUGACUCUCACCAAUCCAGUGGAGAACAUCACACAUGUCACACUGCUGGAGUGUGAGGAGGGAGACCCUGACAACAUCAACAGCACUGCCAAGGUGGCGGUUCCUCCCAAGGAGCUUAUUCUGGCUGGCAAAGAUGCUGCAGCAGAAUACGAUGAGCUGGCAGAGCCUCAAGACUUCCAGGAUGACCCUGAUGUUAUUGCCUUCAGAAAAGCCAAUAAGGUAGGAGUUUUCAUCAAGGUCACCCCACAGAAAGAAGAGGGCGAAGUGACCGUGAGUUUCAAGAUGAAGCACGAGUUUAAAAACCUCGCUGCUCCAAUCCGGCCCAGCGAGGAGGGCGAUCAUCCCUCUGAGGUCAUCUGGCUCACCCAUCAUGUGGAGCUCAGCCUCGGUCCAGUGCUCCCAUAAACGCUCCCGAUGCUUGCACCCCGACGGCUGGCCGCAGGACGGACUGUCACAGUGAAGAAAGCACCCGGUGAAACGUUCCGUGAGAGCUCCUUUGUGAUGUGUGGCUGUGUGCCACGGGCCCCAGCCGGGUCGUGACAGGUGGCUGAGGGUGCCGUGGUUUGGGAUGGUUUGUUCUCUCUCCUCUUGUUGUAGUGCCCACUAACUGCCGCUCUGCUUCCCCACACCGCCACAGGCUAGUUUAACUUGCAGCACAUGUUUCAGCACGGAGAAAGAUCUUGCUUUCUCUAGAUUUGCACUAGACCUGGCUGAAUUUGGUUUUAUCAACAGAAAAGAACCCGUAUUGUUUUUUCUUCAUGUCAGCCCCCAAACCUGAUGUUACCUACUCGAUAGUGAAGAAAUUUUUUCACACAGAGCUAUGCCCUUCCCGAACAAACGUUUCAGGAGGCGGGUGCGUCUGCUGCGUUACUGGCAGCAGCAUGACACUUUCUUUCCUUGGUUUUCUGCUUCUUCCUCGUAGGAUACCUCAGCUGUGGGGGACUGGGACAUACAACCCAACCCCUCUGGCAUAUGUAGCUUGCUUAGCCAAGGUGAUAGAUCUGUUUUCAUGCAGGAAAUGAUCGGUUUGCCUUUAAACUCCCAACGUAGUGUACUGUAGUGUUGAUGGAUUUGACUGGCAACCAAGCCUGCUGUCAGCCUGCUGCGUUGCAGGUGGAUGUGGUAGCAUGAUGCGCUUGCGAGCUGGGAAUUCGGGUGCUGGUACAGCUCUUGACUGGGGCAGGGGUGCUGCGGAGAGGCUGCCUGGCUGUCUUCAGGUCAAUAAAUGUGUGUUAGCAGGGGUAGCAAUCAGAGUAUGAAACUGGGAGAGUUAUGAUUAGGUGUGGUAUACGUUAAACUACAGAGGCUGUUUGAGUUCAUACUCUGUCUUUUUCCAGUUGAGGGGGGGUGGGAGGGAGGUUUAAAGGUGGACAGACAGACAGUUACACGUUAACUAGCAUACGCUGUACCAUGAGGUAAUUUAUCUGGGGUGUAAUUUGGCUGUAGUCCAAGCUAAGACCACUAAUUAAGAGCAGCGUAUCCAGGAUACUGAAUUACCAGUAACGGCAGUAGCUUAGUGCGAGGGAGAUUUCGGUUGCGUUCCCAAUUCAAACACUGACCUUCAUUAAACAUUUCUGAUGGGCUUUGCUGUGCUGAGAAAGGCUUGAACGCCCACCAGGCACGGCCGUGCUGCUCCAGACGCUCGUGCCGUGGGUCUGCUAGCCCGGAGCUGCAGAUCCCCUGCAUGGCAGGGUGGGACGGGGCUGCCUGCUCUCUGUGCAGCACCCGAAAACAUCUCCCGUGGCGUGAGAACCCUGCCUUGGCGUGCCCGGGGGACAGGCGCGCCGUACGGCAUCCUGCAGCGUGUCUUGGCGAGGCAUUGCCUUUACAACUUCGCGUAGGUUACGCACGGAUGUCCAGCAUGAGUUUAAGACUUGUAGUCCGUAGUUAAUGUGUAGUGCUAGCGCCUGCUGCGGCUUUACCUGCCCAGAUAACAAAACACUUAACCUUCGGCCCUGACGCCUCCUCUCCCGUAGCCGACACGGCCGCUACGCUCGCUGUGGAAAAGCGCCGUGGGGGCCAGCUGCCGCCCGGGUCCUGCGGGGCCGGGCCUGCUCCUCAGCGCUCGGUUUCCCGCUGAACACGGAGAGGCGCGUUGAUUUACGGUGUUGUGAGCGGUGUCGGCGGCUCGGUGAGUUGUUCCCCUCCCGUAGGUGCCCGCAGCGGCGGGCACGGUGUCGGCGUGUCCCUGCGCUCCCGCUGCCCCCUUCCCCACAGGCGGCUGUUGCCUUACUGCUUGACGUCGUGUAGUGACCUUCAAUAAAGCAAACGUGGCUCUCGGA